UGCAAUCAUUUCGCGAUGCCUCCGUCCAGCAAGAUUCACAGAGGUGUCCUUUCAAGUUGUCAUCGGGUCCACUUGGCAAAAUUCUUUGUUAAUGUCGGUGAGAAGGAAUACAGACCAGAAGAAAUUUCCGCCUCGUUGCUAAAGAAGAUGAAGUCCAUUGCGGAGGACUACGCCAAUGUCCGUCCGAUUAAGGAUGCGGUCAUCAUUGUACCUGCGUACUUUAACUACCGUCAGAGGAAGGCGACUAUGGCCGCCGGGGUCAGUGCAGGAUUAAAUGUGCUGCGGCUGAUUAGUGAACCUACGGCCGCUGCUCUGGCUUACGGCCAUCAGCGGUUGAUAGGGAAUAAGACCGUUGGAGGAGACUCAGUGGUGAAUGGGCAUCCGCCAGUGAUUCGGAGUAGCUAUGGUGGAGGAAGGACAUAUGGGGAAAGAUGCUGGGAGUGCGAUGAACUGGGGCACUAUAAACGCGAUUGUCCGAAUAUGGCAUGCUGGCGCUGCGGUGAAGUUGGGCACUUUAAACUUGAUUGCCGGAAUUACGAUCGCUGGGAUGAAUAUCGAGAGAGCUUGAUUAGGCGGGCUGUAGAUGCAGUGGGGAAGAACGUCCCGGUGUCCGAGAUGUGUGGGGGAACUUCCGAUGUCUCUGUUGUGGUCGGGAAGAACGUCCUGGUGUUUGACAUGGGUGGGGGUACAUUCGACGUCUCCGUUGUCACCAUGAAAGAGGGGACUGAAAAUGACUUCACAUUUGUAGUGAAAGCAGUCGCAGGAGACUCGCAUCUUGGGGGAACAGAUAUAGACAAACGGCUCUUUCAGCACGUAGCAGAGCAGUUCAGGAGUCAGCUUGAAAGGGAAGAUUUGCUGGUCAAGCCAAGGAUUCGCAAAAAGCUCAACCAGCUGGUCGUGGAUGCGAAACAUGAUCUGUCCGUCAAAACGGAGGCGGAGAUCGACCUGGAUUGUGGUGGUGAUGAUAUCCUCACCGUGAGAUUGGAGCGCACCAAGUUCGAGGCCCUGAACCAAGACCUGUUCSACAGGUGCAUGACGAUCGUCGAACAAGCUCUUCGUGAUGCGAAGAUCAGCAAGGGCGAGAUCUCUGAGGUGCUGCUGGCGGGUGGAUCCACAAGGAUUCCAAAAUUGCAAGAGAUGCUGAUGGCAUUCUUCGGCAAGCCCCCCAUCAAGUCUGUCAACCCUGAUGAGGCUGUGGCAUUUGGAGCUGCAGUACAAGCCGGCUUGCUGGCCAGACGAGAUAAGUGCGCAAAGGCAUCCAUAUCCGUUCGUGAUGUCACAUCGGUCAGUAUCGGGGUUGGGACAAGUUUUGGCGUUAUGCAUGUGGUUAUUCCUAGAAACUCUCCCCUUCCAGCAACUGGGAGUGCCUAUAUUGUCUUAAUGGACUUCCAGAAGUCAGUUUGGACGACGUUGUAUGAAGGUGACCGUGCUCUCUGUAGAAAUAACCGGCUGCUUGGUGAACUCAAGCUGGACGGUUUCAUUCCGUGCCUUGCAACCGUGGAUGAAUCGAUCGAGGCCGUGAUCAAAAUAGACGAGAACGGGAUCCUCCAUGCGACAGCAGAGGCGGUUGCAAACCAUGAAGAUAUUGGGAGAAAGGUCGAAACCACCAUCACACUCGAUACGGAUUUUGUGCAGGGCUUGGCCGACGUCGGAGAGGAAACGGACUGGUACAUGCCACAAGCAAAAGCGGAGGACGGAAGGAUCUGGGCAGCUAAAGAUUCUGAGAAUAGGCUGCGGGACUUCAUCGUAGGAUUGCGAGCCCAAGGUUCAUCCAGCAUGGGCCACACGGAUCUCAAAAAGCAUGUGAGUGAGGCCUGGGCAUGGUUCUGUGCGCAGAAGGAACUGGCAUCGAAGGAGGAGUACGAUAGGAGAUAUGCAGAGCUGAAGCUCCUGGCUAAGAUCCAAAACCUUGCUGUGAUAUAGUCAUCAACCCAUUCAGAGACUUAAAAUCUUGCGGGGAUCUUGGGCGAUGUGGCAAGCCCUCCUGACAGAACAAGAGAAGCGCUCCUGGAGAGACCUGCCUAAGCUGUCACUAUCGACGCAGGCUGCACAUCCGUGCAACUCGCAAUUCCGUCAUUUCUUCAGGUGCUGUAUAAAGCGAUAUCAGAGAAUGUAAGGGCCUACCUUAAAAAUCAGACUGAGUUAGAUUAUGUUAAGUAUAAAGUUUUAAGGUCGAGACACUUCAGUGUUCAUUGUGUCCAUGAUGCUUUGCUGAGAGACUUCAGUUGCAGUGCUGCAAAGCAUGAACACAAUGAACACAAUGAACACAAUGAACACAAUAAACACAAUGAACAAAAUGAACACAAUGAAGACAGUUGAUGAAGGUGAGAAGGGGCUUGCAACUUUGAAGUAACAGGUGCAGGUUACCUCAAGUUAGGCCUGAUGAUUGUCAGAGGGAGACUAACAAAAUUGCAAUUGCGGC